ACAGCCACAGCUGGUUUCUCUCUCAGAGGAGGAGUGUAAGGAACAGCAGAGCCGGUCUCUCUGCCUCUUCCCCAUAGCACCUGGCAGGGGCUUCGCAGACGUGAGGAGUGCGAAUGGGCAGAGCAGAGUUUCUAGAAGGGAAGAUGAGCACCCAAGAUCCUUCAGAUCUGUGGAGCAGAUUGGAUGGAGAAGCGGAGCUGCUCCAGGACUUGGGGUGGUAUCACGGCAACCUCACUCGUCACGCAGCGGAGGCUCUUCUCCUUUCAAAUGGAUGUGAUGGUAGCUACCUUCUGAGGGACAGCAAUGAAAGGACUGGGCUGUACUCUCUCUCCGUGAGAGCCAAAGACUCUGUCAAACACUUUCAUGUUGAAUAUACCGGAUAUUCAUUUAAAUUUGGCUUUAAUGAAUUCUCAUCUUUGAAGGAUUUUGUUAAGCAUUUUGCAAAUGAGCCUUUGAUUGGAAGCGAGACAGGCACUCUGAUUGUUCUGAAACAUCCUUAUCCAAGAGAAGUGGAAGAACCUUCCAUUUAUGAAUCCGUCCGGGUUCACACGGCAAUGCAGACAGGAAGGACAGAAAAUGACCUGGUACCCACUGCGCCUUCUCUGGGCACCAAAGAAGGUUACCUCACCAAACAGGGGGGCCUAGUCAAGACCUGGAAAACAAGAUGGUUCACCUUGCACAGGAAUGAACUGAAAUAUUUCAAAGACCAGAUGUCACCAGAACCAAUUCGGAUCCUAGACCUAACAGCAUGUUCUGCUGUACAAUUUGAUUACUCACAGGAAAGGGUAAACUGUUUUUGCUUAGUAUUUCCAUUCAGGACAUUCUAUCUCUGUGCGAAGACAGGAGUAGAAGCUGAUGAGUGGAUCAAGAUAUUACGUUGGAAAUUGUCUCAAAUCAGAAAGCAGCUCGGGCAAGGGGAAGGCACAAUCCGAUCUCGGUCAUUCAUCUUUAAAUAGACCUUUCUUGACGAAGGAUGCCCUAGUCCAGGAGUAGGGUGGCAUGCUCCCUGAUGCUCUGAACCACAGCAAACUUCAGCUGGAAGCUGACUACGGAUUUUUCUUUAAAAAAAAAAAAAAAAUCAAAAGCAGAUGCUGAUUGGGAUCUUCCAGAACACACCACAUUUGCUGACUCAUGGAAAACCGCUGCCCUUCAAGAUGCUGUCAUCUCCUUGAGAAUACCGAGUAGUCACCGUUCUGAUGGAAACCGAUGAAACCAUCAUGCACAGAGUGCUCACUCUUAGAACACGACACAUAAGAUAAAGGGUCUGUGUUUUCCCUCAUUGUGGUCACUACGCUUGUGGACGUUAUUUGCCUGGAGUCCCACUCUGUGUCCUGGACAGCUCAUCUGACAUCCAGGCUGUGCUAUGGACCAGCAGGGAAAUAGCUGUAUACUUUGAGGUUUAAGCUGCCUCUUCAGAAAGUAUAUUAAGAUAGCAAACAUCAAAGAUUGGGGGAGGGGAGAGAGUUGUUUUGCUUUUGUUUUUCCUUUAUAUUAAAAAAACUGAAAAACAAUUUCCAAAACUAAAAUGGAAAAUGUUUGCAGUACUUAUUUUCUCUUUGUAAAAAUCUAGUGGGUCCUUCCUUCCUUUAUACUGAUAAACCUGUGAGAAUGAAAUGUCUUAUGGACAAUUAGGUAGGAUGAUAAAGGAAGGUAUAAUCUGAAAAAAUCUCUUUGAAUCAUUUUGGCGGACAUGUUUUAAAAAGUGAGAAAACCUAAGUUGAGGAAGGAUAAUAAAGUAGUAGAUGACUUGUAAAUAACAAUAAUAGAGCACUUGUAAGCACUAAGUUAUCUUUAUUCAACAUUUCGCCAAACAGACUGAAAGUGCUUUCUCAAGGAGAGUGUGUUAAUACAAUGCCUUCCCCAGAGUGAGCUGUAGGUGUUGGCACUGAGAUGGCUGAGCACCUGGUACCUUAUUCAAGAGCAACUUCUGUUGCCAGUUGAGGGAACAACACUAAAUCCACAUGCAAUGUGUAAUGAUGCAUUUGUUACAUAGUAUUUUCAAACUAGAAUAAGGGGAUUGAAAAGGGGGAAAUGAGAGACUGUCAUCCAGAACUCAUAAGUAGAUUCUGUUGUUAUCUUUAUUAAUACUCCUUUUUAAGAUAGAAGUUUGUAGAGAGAGAAAAUGGAGGAGGAACCCAAAAAACAAAAAGAUUAUGGUGCAAAGCUGUGAUACAACACUGCUCUUGCAGUCCAAAGGGAUACUUUUGUUAAAUAAGUUUUUCUGUUAUUUAAACAUCAAGGACUCAGAAAGUACAUUAAAUUUUUGUGUAUUUCAAAAAGAUUUUUAAUGUGUUUUGCUAUGUUUCUAUCGUCUGAUAUAAAGCAGCUGUCACAUUAAAAUGUAUUAUGUUAAGUUUGCAAAGUAAGGAGUUACAAAUGAAUCCUGAGCUGUGAUUUUAUGUUUUGUUUUCUUAGAAUACAGGAUGUUUCAUUGUGUAGGUGAUGUUGUUUUUACCUUUUGUAAAAUGUGUCACGUUUAUUUAUAUU